AUGAAUUUUAACUAUCCGCGUUUGAUACAAGUUCAAUAUGAAGUACCAUUUAUACCGACAUCGUUUUUUAACGAUGAUUUUUUCGAUGAGCUGUUUAACUUUGAAGAAGUUCAACCAACUGACACAAAUGACAAUUUAUGCAUGAUGCCACCACAAUCAUCACACAACAUGCCAUUUGUGGAACAAAAUAAUGCAAACCCAUUGAACUUAAUGCAACAAUGGAAUCCAUUUCUAUAUCAUCAGCAUCAUAUGUUAUCACCUUUUCGUUUUACUUUUGGAAAUUUUGUACCAAAUCAAAAUUUAAUACCUCAUAGUUUUAGUUCCGAUAAUUUGAGACAUCCUAGUCAACGUAAUACUGAUAACAAAAACAGAUUUCGUCCGCCGAUACCGCAACGUCAACCGAGAUCUAAUAAUAAUAAUAAUCAACAGAAUGAACUCUAUGAUACUCCAAGAUCAGAUUUGCUAGUAUCAAAACUAACAAGAGAUCGUAUAUGCAAAGAUGUUCCUUAUCCUAUUGUUCAUCUUUUAUUACCAGAAGAAUUAUUUUCCAAUGGAACGAAUGGACCACCUAAUAUUAGUAUACUCGUACAUCAUUUGAAGAAUGAGGCUGAUCCAACAUGGCGAUUAUUAUUUUUAUUAGUAAAACAACAUUUUCAACAGGAACCGAAUUUACUAACACUUUCAAAUGGUUGUACAAUUGUUGCCGAUAUACAUGGUCAGUUUUAUGAUCUAUUAACAAUAUUUGAAUUAGGACGACAUCCUCGUGAGCAACAAUAUUUAUUUUUGGGUGAUUAUGUCGAUCGUGGCUCGUUUUCAUGUGAAUGUAUAUUUUUAUUAUUUGCCUUAAAAAUACGUUAUCCAAAGACAUUUUAUUUACUGCGUGGUAAUCAUGAAACAAAACAAAUGACUAAAAUGUUUACAUUUUAUAACGAAUGUAAAGUAAAGUAUUCGGUGGAUUUUUGGAAUGAAUGUAUGGCAAUAUUUGAUUGUUUACCAUUAUGUGCAAUUAUUGAUGAACGUUUUUUUUGUUGUCAUGCCGGUUUAUCACCGCAUAUUCGAUCUAUUAAUCAAAUCAACAGACUGAAUCGAUUUCAAGAGACGCCAAGUGACGGACCAUUGUGCGAUCUGUUAUGGUCAGAUCCUCAUCCACAAUUUUCUAAUCCAACAACACCGCCUUGGUCAUUUAAUGAUCAACGAAAAUGUUCAUUCUAUUUCAACUAUUCUAUUUGUUCACAAUUUUUAUUUGAAAAUCGAUUAUUAUCAGUAAUUCGUGCUCAUGAAGUUGUACCAAAUGGUAUUGUUUAUUUCGAGAAGGGACAGCAGACAGAUUUUCCCGUAUUAAUGACACUGUUUAGUGCUCCAAAUUACUGUGAUGUCUAUCAAAAUAUAGCAUCAAUUAUUAUCUAUGAUCAAAAACGAAAUUUUCAACCAAUUCAGUAUCGUCAUCGGCCACAUCCAUUCGUCUUACCAAAUCAUGAAUCGGGCUUUGUAUUUGGUAAUCGUUUUAUGUUAACAUAUGUCAACGAAAUAUUACUGACAAUUCUGCAAAGCAGAGCAAGACAAAAAAGUCAAACAUCAUCAAUGGACGAACAAGAUGAUGUAACACGACGUUUAGAUUUAAAAGAAAAAUUAUUAACUGAUCACACGAAAAAAUGUCGAGCAAUCAAUAAUAUGAAUCUAAAAUUAGCUAAUUUGACACCAUCAGAAAAUUUAACGAAAAAAGCGAUUGUUAAUAAGGAUGUAUUUGAAGAAGUGUUAUUGAAGUCAACAACAAAUAAUAUUGAUACAAAUGAAAAUACACAACAGAAUGCAUUUGAACAAGCAUUAAAGAUUGAUUCAUUGUAUGAAGAACGUAUCGAUUUAAACGAACCUGCAAAAGCAUGA